AUGAUGAUCCUCAUUUGGCACUCGCUGAGAAACGCCGGCUUGAUUAUGGAUCUGAAAAAAGGCGGUGUGCAUUGGGCGGCUGAUGUGGCGACACUAGUACUAUUAACCACCACAACCAUGCAAGUAAUUGCCUUGGCAUUAGCGAAAGACGACCCGGAGCGUCUGUUCGAGUGCUGCAGCGUCCUCUCUUUUUGCGGUAUGGGUGUCAUAAAACUCUAUUCGCUGCGCCGCGACGGCGAACAAUGGCGCGUGCUUCUGAACGCCACGGCUAAACUAGAAGUUGAGGAGCUAAGUGAGGAGCAGAACUCACCCAUAGUCGAAUACGAAUCGGACGACGAGGACGAUUUCAGCGUCGUCACGUAUAUUGAACGGUACACUAGAUCGUUCAAAUCGACUCACGCGCUCCUCAGAAGGAUCUACAGCUUCACUGCCAUUGUGUUCAUGAUGUCCCCCUUUAUCGAAUACUGUCUAUGGCAGUACAAAGGUCAGGAGGUAGCCGGCUACCCGCACAUACUGCCGCUAUGGGCACCGUUGGACGAAAUCAGCGUGUUCGGGUACAUCUUCACAGUCUCGCUGGAGACCAUUUCGGCCACGUACUGCGUGUGCGUGCACGUAGCUUUCGACUUGUCGACAGUCGGCCUGAUGAUGUUCGUACACGGCCAGUUUUCCUUGCUCCACGCCAGAAGCGAGCGGAUCGGCGGGAGUGGCGAAAGCUGCGUUUUGUCCAAGGCUCGAGAAUUGCGAGCCCGUCUGAGGAUCAGGAAUUGCCAUCGUGUGCACGUUGCGCUUACGGAAGUGCAGCUGGCAUGGGCAGAGGACCUCAAGGCGCUGAAUGGUGGUGUCUCAGUCCGCGCAUCAGGAAAGAGUUGCUACUGCUCA